UUAUUAAAAAAAAAAUACAAAAAAAAAAUACAUCAAGCCCUAGCUAACAGAAAAAUAAGCAUAUUUACCAAAAAUAAUAACUGUAGCGCAAACACAAACGAAGAAAAACGCGCACAAAGUUUGUAUGGAAAGAGCUUGCCCUACCCUUCGCCUAAGCAACAAAAUUCGCAAUUCAGUUCAAUUCAAUUCAAGUUAUUUAUUUGUAAACAUAGGUAACAGUGUUGGUACUUAACUAAAUAAAAAUAAAAAAUAUUAUAUAAAUUUUAAAGUGUCGUAAAAAUCAAAAAUCAAGCUAUUUUUAAAAAUGGCUGAACAAAUGUUGGUCAGUUUGAGGACACAGACUACAAUUUAAAUAAAUAAAUAUUAUAGGACAUUAUUACACAAAUUGACUAAGUCCCACAGUAAGCUCAAUAAGGCUUGUAUUGAGGGUACUUAGACAACGAUAUAUGUAAUAUAUAAAUAUGUAUAAAAUACUUAAAUACAUAGAAAACACCCAUGACUCAGGAACAAAUAUCCAUGCUCAUCUCACGAAUAAAUGCCCUUACCAGGAUUUGAACCCGGGACCAUCAGCUUCGUAGGUUGGGUCACUACCCACUAGGCCAAACCAGUCGUCAAAAAUUUAUAAAUACUUAAAUUCAUAGAAAACAGACCCAUGGUGAUUUAAUUUAUUGCUCCUAAUACAGAACACACCCGGUAAUCAUUAUAUAUAAUUAUUUAUUUUCAAACAUUGUCUUUCUUUGAUGCUUGCACAACUGGCGAGAAAUUAAUACUUUGAACGCUGCGAGACUGUUCUCGUAGCGUUCAAAGUAUUAAUUUACGUUAUUUUGUCUUAAUAGGUACUGGGUAGUGCAGAAAACACUCUAAAUAGGUAUAUAUAAAUGAGGCAUAUCUAUGUGCAUUUUGUGUUUGUCAAAGUGUUGUGUUGUGUUUAGAAAAAAUACAAAUUGAAAUGGCAGAAAGUGCAGAAACAAAUUCAUGCACAUCAUUUGCGAGACAAACAUGGACAGUUUCAGCGGUACUGCUGAAUAUGGUGGCACAGGGUAUGGUGAUGAGCUUCCCUUCGGUGAUGCUGCCGGGGUUGAAGGUCGAUACAGUGAUAAAAACUGACGCGGAAAUGAUGUCGUGGCUUGCAUCUGUGGUGGGCUUGGCGACCUUUCCCGGUUUCCUGAUCUCCGCCUUCCUCAUGGAACAGUGGGGCCGGAAGACCACGCAUGCCCUGGUCAUCGUGCCGGGCAUUCUGGGCUGGCUGCUCAUCUACUUUGCCACGAAUGUGACCACGCUUAUGGCCGCCAGGAUCCUCAGCGGCAUCUCCGCUGGCGCCAGCGUCAUAUUAGGUGCCGUUGUCAUCGGAGAAUACACCAGCCCACAACACCGGGGCAUGUUCCUAAACCUCAAGACUGCUGUCAACUAUGUAGGCAAUACCUUAGUCCACCUUGUAGGCCACUAUUAUCCUUGGAGAACGGUGGCCAUUUUCGCACUAGUCCAUCAUAUCAUCGCUUUUGGAAUCGUCUGCACUUGGCCUGAAAGCCCGGCCUGGUUGGCCACAAAAUGCAAGUUUGAUCAGAGUGAAAAAUCAUGGAUGUGGCUGAGAGGCAAUGACUCCGAAUCUAGGAUAGAAUUUGAUAGUAUGAUCACUACCCAGAAGCAGAGCCUAUCCAAAGUUAGCGAGAAACCUAAUCUCAAAACUCACUUGAUGAAUUUUCUGCAGAAAUUUACUAAAAAGGACUUCAUGAAGCCAUUGCUUAUAAUAUUUUUCGCUGAGAUGUUAAAAGAGGCAUGCGGGAGACACGUUUUUCCAGCCUACGCGUUACAGAUAAUGGAUGAUAUCACGGGGGAUAAGUCUAAGUCGUUCUACUACACGCUGAGUAUAGAUUUGAUUACUACUUUAAGCGCCACUUUUUCGUCGGCACUGGUUCGCGUGGUAAAGAGAAGAACCUUGCUGUUCGUCACUGGCGGGGCAUCUUUAGCCAUCCUAACGGGCAUCUGUGUUUACCUUUACUUGACUGCUAUAGACGUGAUAUCGAAGGACCGAGCUUGGCUGCCUGUGUCGAUGUUUAUGCUGUACUUUGUAUUGACUAACUUGGGUUGUACUGUUAUACCUUUAGCCUUGCUUGGAGAGGUGUUCCCAGUAGCUCACAGAGGAGCAGGCUCUGCUAUGUCAGGGUUGAUCUUGGGUUCCUUUCUCUUGAUAUGUUUGAAGAUUACCCCCGCAAUGCUUAUUAGUGUUAAAGUGCAUGGGACUUUUACUAUAUACGGCGUAGCCAUGGCGACCUGUCUAGUGGCAUUGUACUUUAUUCUUCCAGAAACAAAAGACCGGACUCUUCAGGAGAUCGAGGAUUACUUUAAUCAUGGACGGUUCGUUAGCGAUGAGAAAGAUUGUGAUGACAAAGAUGAAAAUACUAAAAUGCUGAGUUGAUUUGUACAUUUUUCGGCUUUUGUCAAGUUUGUAAGAGUAGAGGCUAAGUCGAUUAGUUUUGUUCGAUGCUUUUAGAGCUCCUCGCAAAACUGUUCGUGAAGCUCUUAUGAGAUAACUUCGGUCUUGCAAAUCGGUUAAUUGCGUUUUUUAUAAUGAUUUACUUACUAGGCUUAUUAGUUAAGAUUAAUUUUAUUUAUAAUUUGACUAGUUAUAUUUAUUGAGAGACUUACACCUUUGUUGGCUUAGUUAUUUUAUAGUUAUUAUCUUUGUUAUU